AUGGAAUCAGGAGAAGCAUCGCAGCCACAAAAAGUUAAGAGCGGAUAUUUUCCAUGGACAUCUCAAGAGAGUCACUUGUUGAAACGUCUUCUUGUUGAUGGUAUCAGACGAGGAUGGCGUGAUUCAAAUGGCUCCUUGACCAAAAGAACAAUAGAGACAAAGGUAUUACCGAUUCUAAACAAACAGCUCAGGUGCAACAAGACUUACAAGCAUUACUUGAAUCGAAUGAAAUCCUUGAAAAAAGAAUAUCAUAGUUACACAGACCUGCUUCGAUUUAGCUCUGGUUUUGGGUGGGAUCCCGUAACUAAACAAUUCACAGCUCCCGACGAAGUAUGGGAAGAAUAUCUUAAGGCACAUCCAAAUAAUGAUAAUAUGAAGACUAAAACCUUUGAAGCUUUUGAAGACUUACAAGUCAUUUUUGAAAGUGCUACAGCAAGGGGAAACAACGCAUUUGGACUUGGUGGUGAUGCAACUGCUGAAGCUUUUGAAGUUGAAAAUGAUGUUCAAGAAAGAGAAGAUGUGAACCAUAUGGAAAAUGGUACUGAGUCUAAUGAGACAACAUGUAGACCUUCUAAAGAAAAGUUGCCUUCUAGGAAGAGAGCUAAAUUCAUGCUUACUGUUGGGCAAAAUUCACGACAUUGCCACCUUUACUUCUCAUAG